AUGCUGUCUGCCCGCCUGUGCUUCGCUUUGAUUCUGUUCCUCGCUGUGUCGACGUCGUCCGUCUCGGCCAAUGACGUGUCGACGUUGCGUCGGAUCUUCAAUGAGGUUGUCUCGACAGCCUUCCGCCCAAUCAAGUGAACACAUUGCAUAAGUCGAUGAUGACUGACAGUGUGUGCACUUUUGUGUCAGUGCCCAGCUGAAUUUGGACGCCAUGGGCCGGUACCCCACAGCGAAACCCGUCGCCAUGCAGGGAGGUCAGCCCGCGUCAAUGAGAGAGGCAGAGACAGGGACACAGCAGAUCUGUGUGCCUGUGUGUGGUUUGUGCAGCGCUGAGCAGUUUGUCUGGCGGCUCGUUUGUCGAGGUGGCCGCAGCGUCCCGCCAGGCGUCUGAUGCACUCAGCGUGACGCCCGAAGACGUCCGCAAACAACUCAAGGAGUGUAAGCAACGACUGACACAGUGGGCGUGGCGUCCAUGUGUGUCUCUCUGUGUUGGUCGCAUGUGCGAUGACAAGUCUCGAUGGCUACACGGCCCCGCUGCUGAGUGCUCUGAGUCUGACAUCGCCCACCGGCGAACUCCGGCCCGCUGACUUUGCUGACAGCACAGCCGCGGAGGACACACAAGUACAAGUGCAAGUGCCCCCGCCAACACAGACAGAGACACAGCCGCCAGCUGCGGCCGUGAUGCAGCCCACGCAGCAAAGUAAGCCCACGUCUGCAUGGAUGUAUGUGCGUGACUUAUGUUGUUGAUGGUGUGUGUGUGCCUCGUGUGUGCAGUGCCUUUGUUCCGAAGCCGGCAUGUGGCCGUGAACGUGUCGGCACACACACAAUAGACAGAACGAGGGAGACAUCAUCGAGCGAGAGAGAGAAGACAGACUGACACACAGACAAAUGUGCGUGCCCAGGCGCUGAGUGCAUCCAUGGCUGUGAGACGACACACGUGUGUGCGUGAUGUCUGUCGAUGCCAAC